AUGAAAUCGGAGAGAAAAGAAAAUUAGCUUAUUGCUAUUGUACACACUGGAGGUGUUAUCAGUGAUAGAGAAUGCCAUCAAUGCUCAAUAUUUCAAGCGUCUGAGGAGAGAGCUGAUAGCGGGUCUGUUUAUUACACCCCAAAGGAGUCCCUUACAAAGCGAGGUCUAAGAGGAAAGGUGAACAAAUCCGACAUUGGCACGCCAACUAACUUCAAACAUGUUACUCACGUGGGAUUUAGUGCGGUGCCAAGUUUUGAUGCUAAUUUAGAAAUGGACCUGAAGAAGUUAUUCAACAUGGCAGGUGUCAAAAAGGAACACCUUCAAGACCCAGAAGUCUCACAUCGAAUAUUUUCUGUGCUAGAAAAGGCAGGUGGCAUGGAAGCUGUGAGGAAGCAGACUCGGAGAAUGACAUCUGUGGAAAAGCCAAGCACCUAUACUAGACUCCGUUCUUUGUCGUCUUCCAGCUUGGUCCCAACAAAAAGGCAAAACUGUCUUGAACAGGAUUCUCCCCAUGCUGCAAAAAUUGCAGCAAUUUUGGCACAUGGUUCUAGUCCAUUAUGUUACCCUCCAACUCUAAGCAAAGUGCCACCACCCAUGGAAACUCCUCCACCUUCUAGCCACUUCCCAUCAAUGAGGCCUCUUCCUCCAUAUUUGGAGGAGUUGUCGCAAAGUUUUUCUCCAGCAGAUAACCUUUCUGUGUCUCAUCAGUCAAAGAAAGGAUCUUUCCCUCCACAAUCCCUUUCUGCUAAAAACCCCAUGAAGAUGCCAGCCCCUUUGCUUCCAGUUGCAAAAAGCCUUCCUUCAGAAACUUUUGGCCCUCUUCCACAACCCGUACCAGACUAUUCCUGUGCUGACUCUACAACAAAUGUGGUCUCCUCCUCCCCUCAAUCACUUAGUUUCAGUGGCUCUUCAGAUAAAAUCAAUUGCAUACCUGCCUACUUAAUUUCAUCUAUCCCAUGCAUUGAGCCGCCCAUUAAAUUUGGAGAUGUGCCAUCAUCUCCACCUCUUCCACUAUUUGAUAAACCUAAUUCAGAAAUGAUUACCUCCUAUGAUCUCAAAGAAUGUCUGCUAAACACAGAGCUUGUCUCUUCUGCUAUUCCACCGCCUCCACCACCUCCCCUGCCACUGUCCAAUGGAUCUGAGCUCCCGUUCAUUUCUGAAGUCAAGAAAAACAGUAACCCUGCAUCCAAAGUACCAGAAAACAUGGUUUCCAGUAAUGAACCUGAGCAACAGAUUAAUCCUGCUAUGUACCUGGACCAGAUCAAGCAGGGCGUCCAGCUGAAAUCUGUGACAAAAACUGUGAAGGUUGAAAAUGCAGAAUGUUCUAAUCUUGUCACAGCAUUAAUGGAUGUCCUAAAAAGAAGGCACAAGGCUAUACAAUCGUCAGAUGAAGAGGAUGCGGAGGAAGAGGAAUGGGAAGACUAAGGUUUUACUGUAGAAUAAAACCAAUCACUGCCUGAAUGGGAUGUUAAAAAUUAAAAACAAAACCUA